AUGGCUGUUACUUCUCUCAAGAACAUUGCCCUCACCGGUGCCGCUGGCGCUGUUGGCUCAGUCGUCCUCAAGGCCCUUAUUGCCGCUGGCAACUUCAACAUUACCGUCCUCCGCCGCAACAAGUCCACUUCAACAUUCCCCGACAAUGUCAAGGUCGUCGACGUCGACUUUGAGUCUGUCGACUCUCUAACUCAAGCUCUCGCCGGCCAGGACGCUCUCGUGUCUACUGUUGGCACAGAAGGCCUUGGUGAACAGCAGAAGAAGCUCGUCGAUGCCGCCGUCGCUGCUGGUGUCAAGCGAUUUAUCCCGUCCGAGUUCGGCUGCGACCUGGCCAACGAGCUGGCUGCCAAGCUGCCCGUCUUCCAGCCCAAGAUCGGCGUAGCAAGAUAUCUCGAGGAAAAGGCCAAGACAACUUCCCUUACAUAUACAUUCGCCUACAGCGGUCCCUUUUUCGAUUGGGGUCUGGAGCACAACUUCAUCUUCAAGAGCGCGGGCUCCAAGCCCAUCCUAUACGAUGGCGGUGACACCGUUUUCAGCACUUCGACGCUGGAUGCCGUCGCUCAGGCCGUCGUUUCCAUCUUGAACAAGCCCGAGGAGACCAAGAACCGCGCGGUCCGAUUCCAGAGCGCGGCGCUUUCACAGAACCAGCUUCUCAAGGUGGCGAAGGAGGUUGCGCCUGAGCGCGACUGGCAGCCCGAGGUGGUGAAGAUUGAUGAUGUUACUGCCGCUGCAGAUGAGAGAUUGGCCAAGGGAAUACUUGGACCAGAGACGUUCAUUCCUUAUCUCGUUCGCGCUAUCAACGAUCCUCGGUAUGGUCCGCAAUUUACGACGUUGGAUAACGAGCUGUUGGGAGUGAAGCAGUUGACUGAGGCGGAGAUUAAGGAGAUUGUCAAGAGCAAGCUCCACAACUAG